CUUGCCCCUCCACACUGAGACCUGUAGUGAGCCUCAACUUAACCCCAGGCAGCUACUACGUAUACCUCCACCUCAGUCCAUCAUCUUUGCAUCUAACACAUUUCUACCAACCGACGACCAUGGCACCAAAUCCCAAAGUCGCGGAGGCGAUCUCCAACGCCGAGUCUUGUUCUGGAGAGAAGGGACCUCUCUACGAGCAACUGCUCUCCGAAAUCAAGAACAUUUCAUCCCCGUCCACCGCUACCAACGACCUAAAUGCUAUCAUCGACUCCUUCUUUAACCAGGCGCUCGGCGUCGUGGCCACGCGAACCGUCCUCGCGUCUUUUAUUGCGACACUCCGAGAAUUAAAGAACGAGGAUAUGUGGAUCGAGGUUGGGAAUCGAACUUUGAACACCAUCGCGGCCCAGCCAUCAUCUUCUUCUUUCGUGGAUGCCGUCGCCACUAUCCGUGAGCUCAUUGCAACGGCCCACGAAAGCAACGGUGACUUCCUUGAUGCUGCAAAGGCUCUGGCCGAUAUUCCACUUGAUAGUUCUCAGCGCAAGAUCACCGAUGAGGAGAAAGCUCGCACAUGGAUUCGCAUCGUUCGGAACUACCUCGAAGUCGACGACUCUACGGCCGCCGAGAUGUAUAUCAACAAGCUCAAGAACAUAAUGCAUACCGUAUCUGAUCAAGAACUAAACUUACACUUCAAGCUCUCACAAGCCCGUAUUCUGGACGCUCAGCGCGACUUUUUAUCCGCUUCUCAACGAUAUCACGAGAUCAGCUUCUCGCCUGCGAUUGACGAAGAGGAACGCCUACAUACACUCAGUAUGGCGGUCAAAUGUGCUGUUCUGGCACCGGCUGGUCCCAUGAGAAACCGAACAUUGAGUCGCCUCUACAAAGAUGAACGCUCAUCGCAACUUGAGGAAUUUGGUAUCCUGGAAAAGAUGUUCCUUGACCGGCUGUUGUCACCUGAGGAGGUUGACAAGUUUGCAGAGGGGCUCCAGCCACACCAGCUGGCAACUACAUCAGAUGGCUCCACGGUACUUGCCAAGGCUGUCGUCGAGCACAAUCUUCUCGGCGCAUCCAGACUUUACAGCAAUAUUAGAUUCGAGGCCCUGGGAACACUACUGGGCCUGGAUACUGAUAAGGCUGAAGAGACCACUGCACGUAUGAUUGAGCAGGGUCGUUUAGUCGGGCGUAUGGAUCAGAUUGACGGUAUUGUGUACUUUGAGGGUGGCGAGGCAUCUGGAGAGAAGGGGAGUGGGCGAGCAGAAAUUAUUGUUGGCAAGCAAAUGCGAAAUUGGGAUGCCAACGUUGAGAGUGUGGCUGAGGAGGUGGAGAAUAUCACCAAUGCGCUGCAAAAGGAGUUUCCCGAAUUUGUUGCCGCAACCCUUGUUGUGUGAGAAAGGGACGGAUUAGAACCUCGUAGUGGAUAUGGCGUUUAGGGAUUGGGAUGAUCAAGGGCUAUUUGUGUCAAUGCAUAGCAUAUGAAUCCCUUUGGUUCUAGACUGGCAAUUUUAAUAAGCCAAAAGUUUUAGUCCAAAUCUUUCUUGCGGACCACCACGUAUCCUUCUUUGAUAUUCCGAGGAUUGCCAUCCUCUUCAUCGAACUGGACUUCAUCCUCCAAUGCCAAGACUUCUGAAGUUUUGGAGUUGGUGGGCUCUUCAAAUGUGCCUUCGCUCCAAAGGAUGUCUAUGAGGGCAUCGGCGAUGUGAUUGCCCAUCCAGUCGUAGCCCUCGUCUCGAAGAUGGAGGCCGUCAUCCCAGUACCGUUCGCGAUCCCGUUCUGAAAGCGAAUGGUAGGGUAUCUUGGAAUGAAGGUCAAAGGCGUAA